CGUUCAUCAGUUAAGUAUCAAAACCAAAUUCUAUCAUAGGAUAAUCCUAUCCUCAUCCAAAAACAUUUUAUCCAUUAAAUGAAGUAUAAUUAGCAAUAUCACUGCUGAUACCUAACCAAAACUUCACCAACCAACAAAUGACAGAGGUCAGCAAGGAAGCAGUGUGUGUGACUGGAGCCAACGGGUUUAUCGGCUCAUGGCUGGUCCAGACCCUUCUCACCACCGGCUACACCACCAUUCACGCUACCAUCUAUCCGGGCUCUGACCCAUCUCAUCUCUUUACUCUCCAAUCUGCCUCCAAGGCCAACAUCAAAGUCUUCGAGGCUGACAUUCUAGAUGAGGGGGCAGUUUUAAGGGCAGUGGAGGGUUGCUCAGGGGUCUUCCACGUGGCAUCUCCAUGUACCUUGGAGGAUCCUCAGGACCCACAAAAGGAACUUGUUUUGCCUGCUGUACAAGGUACUCUUAAUGUGUUGGAGGCUGCUAAGAAAAUCAAGGUGAGGCGUGUGGUGCUCACGAGCUCUAUUUCUGCUCUUGUGCCUAACCCCGCUUGGCCUCAUAAUAAAGUGUUUGAUGAGACUUCGUGGACUGACCUUGAUUAUUGCAAGUCUCGCCAGAAAUGGUACGCUGUGUCAAAGACAUUGGCAGAGAAAGUGGCAUGGGAAUUUGCUGAGAAGAAUGGGAUUGAUGUCGUGGCUAUCCACCCGGCUACAUGUCUGGGUCCGCUUCUCCAACCUUAUUUGAAUGCGAGCUGUGCUGUGUUGCAGCAGUUGUUGCAGGGUUCAAAAGAUCCUCAAGAGUUUCAUUGGUUGGGAGCUGUGCAUGUCAAAGAUGUUGCAAAGGCGCAAGUGUUGCUGUUUGAAUCGCCUGCUGCUUCUGGUAGAUAUCUUUGCACCAAUGGUAUCUAUCAGUUUAGUGAAUUUGCUGAAAGAGUUUCCAAGCUCUUCCCCAAGUUUCCGGUUCACAGAUUUGAUGGGGAAACUCAUCCAGGUCUGGUUUCCUGCAAAGAUGCGGCCAAGAGACUAAUGAAUCUGGGACUUAUUUUCACACCAGUCGAAGAUGCUGUUUCUGAGACAGUUGAAAGUCUUGAAGCUAAAGGCUUCCUUGUGCAGAAAAUGUCACAUUCUUAAGCUAUUUCUUCUUUUUUAUGUGGGUUGAGGUGAGGGACCUGUGUUUUGAUUACCUAAAGUCUCUUUUUGAUUCAUUUCUCAAUGUAACUAGUUGUCAGCAAACAAUAAAGACAUUUCCAUCGUCUGAUAAAUUAAUCACUCUCUUUCAUCAUUAA